UCCUCUGUUUCUCAGGUAUUUCGAUCACUGUUCUUCUCCUCGAAUUUUUUCCUUUUCUUCCUUUGCUUAAUUUAUUUUGUAUCAAAAUUCGAUUCUGGAUUUCAAUUUUAGGAAUGGAGCUGCGCACCGUAAAAGAUGCGUUUGACCUACAGCUGAGUAUUGUAAGAGAUACAUUCGAGCGUGUUGCUAAAAAGCAAAAACUGUCAUCAUCCAAGUCGCAAGAAGUAAUUGAUCAGGUCAGUCAUGAAAUUGAACAAGCAUUGGCAAACAUCAAGUCAGUUCAAGGCCCCAUGUCCCCUGUUGAUCAGAAAUCCAUCCUUACAGAGCUUAAGCAUAGGCUAAAUGCAAUUAGUGCGCUAAACCAAUUAGAAGGAUCACAGAAGGAACUAAACAUUGAUCUUAGCAAGUACCCAAAAUUACUUGAAAAAUCUUUCAGUUCUGACAUGUCCAAGACUUACAGAAAUGUUGACUUUGACUUCCAUAUAGUGAAUCAGAUAAUAGCAACCCAUUUUUACCGGCAAGGCCUCUUUGAUCUUGGAGAUUGCCUAAUAAAUGAAGCUGGAGAACCAGAAGCAACAGCUUUAAGAUCUCAAUUCUUGGAAUUGCAUCAAAUACUUGAUGCUAUUAAGGUUAAAAACCUGGAGCCUGCUCUUAAAUGGGCUUCUACCAACCGUGAAAAGCUCAAGCUGAAUGGUUCAAAUCUGGAGCUUAAAAUUCACCGCCUACAGUUUGUGGAGAUUUUGAAGGGGGGAAAUCGUGCUGCUGCCCUUAAUUAUGCUAAAACAUUCCUUUCUCCUUUUGCUGCACUUCAUAUGAGAGAAAUUCAGAAGCUUAUAGUUUGCAUCUGUUGGAUGGGAAAGCUUGAAAGCAGUCCUCAUUCUGAGUUGUUGGCUCCUACCCAUUGGGAAAAGUUUCCUGACGAGCUAACUCGGGAUUUCUGCAAUCUGUUAGGACAGUCCUGUAGGAGUGCAUUGAGCUUGGCAAUAGCAGCUGGGAUCGAAGGGUUGCCAACUCUCUUGAAGCUGGCAAAUGUAAUGGCUGCAAAGAAGCAAGAGUGGCUGGCAAUGAAACAGCUUCCGGUGCCAGUGGAAUUGGGAAGAGAAUAUCAGUUCCAUUCCAUUUUUGUUUGUCCUGUGAGUAGAGAGCAAGGCACUGAAGAUAAUCCGCCAAUGUUGAUGCCAUGUCUUCAUGUUCUUUGCAAGCAAUCAAUCACCAAAAUGUCAAAAGGUAGCUCAAGGACGUUCAAGUGUCCUUACUGCCCAGUUGAGGCUUCGGUUGCGCAAUGCAGGCAGCUAUAUUUCUAAUGCUUCGUAGGAAUUCUUCCGUGAUUGGUGGGUGGUUGGUUGGUGAUAAUAUCCAUUUUGUUUCUUUUGUGGAUUACUGUAUAUAGACAUUCUUUUGGAAUGUCUCAUGAUUUUGGUCAUUCAGUCUCAUCAAUACUAAAUAUAGCCAUGUUUAUAUAUA